AGUUGAGGGGGUUGACCAAUUGCCAGCAGCUGUUGCUCAUUUCACAAUGGUCCCGCCCCAUUACAGUGCCGGGGCUGACAGAGCAGCCGCUACACACACUAGAUGAGGCACAGAGCGACCAACUUAGAGGAGUGUGUUACUGUUAGAGGCAUCACACAGGAGGGAGAGAGGGACCGAGGACUGACUCCUGCUGAAGAGAGAAGAAACCCAAGAAGGACACUUUGACACCCAACCGCUCUGGACUGGUGACAAGAAGAAGACAGAUCCUGAGCAGGACUACAUCUUCGCCCGCCUCCAUCCUCGCCUCCUCAUGUGCUUUCAAGCAGAGCGGAGGGCAGGGCGAGCACACACAUCUUACCUACGAGGGUCACACACACUUUGACAGAGGGAUGGCGUUCCAGAGAAGGCUGGUGGUCGGAUUGAUGACCGCCUGCUCCCUGCUGCUUGUCUACAUCCUGUGUUUGCACCUGGAGAGGCCUCUGAAGCACCUCCAGUUCUUCUCUCAGGGAGUGAGAAGCGACUCACGAGACUCCGAGGAGCCUCUUGAUAGACAGAGCAGCAGCAGCGUGUGGUUGACCUUACUGCCCCCCACCACACCGUUUAACCCCGGGCCCUCAGACCAGCAGGAAGACAAGUAUGCUGAAGGAGCUCCGACUUUAAAGACUCAAACACCCCCCAACACUGAGCACAAACCAGAAGAGAGCAACAAAUCCCAGAUGUCCCAAAGUCCAGCUCCAGGUGCUGAUGGCACCAAAGCCCCGACCCAGAAGCCUCAGCAACCCACACAGACGGCCAAGCCGACAGAGCCGGACUUCUUUGGAGACCGCUACAUGAGUGAAGAAGUCCCACCUCAAACACACUGCCCGGAUGGUAUUCGGAGUCAGGUCGCAAACACUGACUUUGGUGAGCAGUUUCUGAAAAACAUUCCAGUCCUGCAGUGGGCCCAACACGUCACACCUGAGCUGUACCAGCGCCUGAGCCAGCACCCAGGAACACACGGCUGGGGAGGCCUCAGUAUUGAGUUGCUGAAAGAAACUCUCUCUGUCCUCAACACUUCGGCUAACUGGCGGAUGUUCGACGACUGGAAGAGCCGCAGCGGUAAGUCGGAGUGUAUCCGCUGCGCUGUGGUGGGGAACGGCGGGAUCCUGAAGGACUCAAAGAAAGGGAAGGAGAUCGAUGGACACCACUACGUUUUCAGGACCAACGGGGCGAUCAUUAAAGGCUUCGAGCAGGACGUGGGGUCCAGGACCACGCAUUACACCUUCUCCACCAACACACUCUUUAACUCUCUGAGGAGCUACAGAGGAGCCGGUUAUUUGGCCCCUCCUCAGUCUGAGGAGACACGGUACGUUUUCCUGCCUGAUCACGACCGCGAUUACCUGAUGGUGGAGGCCGCGGCAAAGCACACGCUGGUGGAGAGAGGGAAGGAACAGGGACGAGAUCCGACCAAGUACUUCGGAGAGGACGUGUCGGCAGACAAGCUGAAGAUGUAUCACCCCGAUUUCAUCCGUUACAUCAGAAACAGAUUCCUCCGCUCCAGAAUUCUGAAUGGCAAACACAAGAACGGUUACCGUCCGUCGACAGGAGCUGUGAUGCUGCUGGCUGCUCUGCACACCUGUGACCAGGUGAGUGCGUACGGCUUCAUGACUCCAGACUACAACAAGUACUCAGACCACUACUACGACAAAAUCUACCACAAGGUGGGUUUCUUCAUCAACCACGACAUGAAGCUGGAGAUGAUCCUCUGGCAGCAUCUGAAUCAGGCGGGACUCAUUCGACUCUACAUGCACGACUGAGCGCCGAGACGGCGUCGGAACGCGGUGACGGACAUCAAAACUGGGACAACCGGCCGCUCUGCCUCCAAAUGACUGCUCACGGCUCUCUGAGUCCAAGACAGACGUAGCAUAUCUUUUCAUGAAGGAAACAGGGAUUGUUUUUUCUUUUUAGUGAGUUUCAGGAAAUAUUAAAACCUUUUCAACGGGUUCUGGUGAUUUGGGGGUCAGAUUCAUGAAGACCAGACUGAACUUGGUUUGAGGACUGAGCCUCAUGGACGGAGUUAGAGUGAAAUACUUAAGGAACAGAAGUCUGGUAAACAUAUUCAGGGUCUCAGAGGAUGAACACUAAUGACUCUGAGCCACAGAUUUCUCUUUUAGGUCAUUUUUUAAGGUUUUAUUUUGAUAAAUAUGCAGACUCUGUCGCUUUGUUCACAGCUAACAAGAUUCUUACCUUACCGAGAAAUACUUUCAAAGUCAUUGCGUACGCAGCGGUCUCACCUGUGACCGUCACUUUAAGGCUUUUAUUGUGAAAUAGUGCACUGAAUCAAAAGAGCCAGCCUGUCUGCAGCAGAAGGUUAGAUCCUCUACCACGGAGCUUUAUUUUGAAAGGGUAACCUCAUGUAGUGUCCUAAAAGGGGGGCAGAAACACUCAUUUUAACAUUUAUUUUUAAAUGUGUUUGUCUUAUUUUACAUGUUUGACUGCAGACACACACAAAACAAACCUUGAUUUGAACCUUAACCCUUAAAAAUGUGUCUUUUUUAUGAGUUUGUGAGUCAGUCAGUUUGAGGUUUGAGGUUUGAAAGCUGCUUUUAACUAAAAUAACAACCAGAACAAAAGCUACCCCGUACCAAUACUCAGUCUGGUCUUCUGACAUCCGUCUCACUGUAACCUCUGUUUACUGGGGCGCCUUCAGAGCGUAUCUUACAAUCAGUGAAUGUGGACGGUCUAGUGAGGGUGAUUCAGUGGGCUGUAAAGGGACAAGACUUCAAUUGCCACUUGCUUAAAAUAUCCCGCCUCAAAUAGACAGCCUGAGCCCUGCUGGCAGCGGCCAAAGUCUAUUCUGAUCCCCACUCAAGUUAAGUCAUCUGUGGAAGGAAACAAAAGCCCCACUGGGUGUGACGACAAAGCAUGUUCAAGUGUAUUUACUUUAAGGGACUUAACUUAUUCUUCAUCUUGUUGUCUGAAGCACACAAGUGUACUUUACUCUGGCAUGAGCCGCACUGUGAUGAUUACGACACUGUGGCUGUCAGUGCCUUUUGAAAUGUGAACAUUUGUCUGAAUGAAGCUUUGUGACAGAGGAGGACGUUUCGGAGGUGAGAAGGAAGUUCUCACACAGACUCGUUGUCCAUUGUUCCACCCCGAGGACACGGCUGAUGAAACCUGCUCACCUGGACUCCUCUGAGAUGAGAUAGUGAAGAGUCAGAGUUCAUCGAGGUUAACUGUCACCAGUUGAGCAAUAAGCUCUCCGUGUGAUGACAGGUAUGUUCCAUGGGUCUGACGUGGAGGGAAAGAAACCAAAGACGCACUACAGAUCAGGGAUUAAGUGUAUUUAAAAUGUUUGUUCAUAUCAAAUCAGACUAAGUGAUCAAGAGAUCUGAAAUACUGUAUCAUAUUUUUACUAAACGGAAGAGGGGAAACCUUUACGGUGCAAUUCAUGACUUUGAUUUUGACCUUUUUCAGAAUCUUUAUAAAAAUAACUGUGAUUUUA